UAGGAGCGCUCAGGAUAUCCCUGAGCUCCAGAGUUUCUUGUUCCAAAGCUCCGAGUGUGAGCACGGUUCCCCCAUCUCAUGACCGGGGCUGGCACGACCCAGCUCAGGCGGCUAGUUUCCCGCGAGGCAUCGGAGGAAGAGGCACAGCUGUGUGAGCUUCCCCUCCACCUGGGAGCCCCCGCUCAAGUCAAAACUUUGCGAUUUCCCUCGCUCUCUCCCGCGGGGUGCCCCCAGCUCCGCCCCGCUGUCCCGCCCCGCCCCGUCCCAUUCAGCCUUCCUCUUCUCUCGCUGGGGUCCCAGCCCACUUCGCUCGGGGGCUUGCAGAGAACCGGACUUGGCAGCGACCAAGAUCUCGAAGAAAGACUGACUGAACCCAGACUGAAGUUGAAGCUUCCGAGAGGCGUGCCAGGGCUGGACGGGGAAGCUAAGACUAGAGAAAAGGAUACGGAGAGAGAGAGAAAGGAGGGGGAUUGGGAAGAAGGGCGGGCACCAGAGAAUGAGAAAGAGAUCUUUGGGGAAGCAGCGAAGGCGGGUCCGGGGCUCUCCAGGUUGAGAAAGAGGGAGAAAAGGAAGGAGGGAAGGGAAGAGAGAAGGAGGGAAGAAAGACAGCGGGACCCCUAGCCAGCAUUCAAACUCCGAAAAAGUUGUUCAGUGCUUCCCAACAGUCCCGGGUAGCCUCCAGUUUCACAUCUAGACUUAGACCCAAGUCUUUAAGGGGGAGGGGCCUACAUCUAUUCUCUCCCGCUCGGGUCUCAGCUAUCUCAGCCCCCUGCGGACACAGAUCUUCUUUAGUUUCUCCCCUUGAGGACUUAACCUUGUGGAUAAAAAGGCAAAGCAAGUAAUUUGGGAGUCACUCUCCCUUCCCCUAAGAGGCAAGUGAGCGCCUGGAGGGCGCAGUGGUCCUGCAGACUUAAGUUCCGGAGGCCGUGACCUUGGCCCUGUUUCAGAAGUUAAGCCGCCGCUGGGCGGGGGGCAGCAUGGCGGUGUCAGCGAUCACCGGCUUCUCGCUGGUCAGCCUCCUCAGCUUCGGCUACCUCUCGUGGGACUGGGUCAAGCCGGGCCACCAAGCUGAUGGGCCUCGGGCCUCUGCCGACAAGCCUCCUCCUUCGCCCUCGCAGUCUGCGUCCCCACCUCAGCCCCACAUCAUCUUCAUUCUCACUGAUGACCAAGGCUACCACGAUGUGGGCUACCAUGGCUCAGACAUCCAGACCCCCACCCUGGACCGACUGGCCGCUGAGGGCGUAAAACUGGAGAACUAUUACAUCCAGCCCAUCUGUACCCCUUCUCGAAGUCAGCUCCUCACGGGCAGGUACCAAAUCCACACAGGACUCCAGCACUCAAUCAUCCGUCCUCGGCAGCCCAGCUGCCUGCCCCUCGACCAGGUGACGCUGCCGCAGAAGCUGCAGGAAGUGGGUUACUCCACUCACAUGGUGGGCAAAUGGCAUUUAGGCUUCUAUAAGAAGGCUUGUCUGCCCACGCGACGGGGCUUCGACACCUUCCUGGGCUCCCUGACUGGCAACGUGGACUACUACACCUACGACAAUUGUGACGGGCCCGGGGUGUGCGGCUAUGACCUUCACGAGGGGGAGAGCGUCGCCUGGGAGCAGAGUGGCCAGUACUCCACGCUGUUGUACGCCCAGCGGGCCAGCCAGAUCCUAGCCAGUCACAACCCCCGCCAGCCCCUUUUCCUCUACGUCGCCUUCCAGGCUGUGCACACCCCGCUGCAGUCUCCCCGCGAGUACUUGUACCGCUACCGCUCCAUGGGCAACGUGGCUCGGCGCAAAUACGCGGCCAUGGUGACCUGCAUGGAUGAGGCUGUGCGCAACAUCACAUGGGCUCUGAAGCGUUACGGUUACUACGACAAUAGCGUCAUUAUCUUCUCCACGGACAAUGGCGGCCAGACCUUCUCGGGCGGUAGCAACUGGCCUCUGAGGGGCCGCAAGGGCACUUAUUGGGAGGGUGGGGUGCGGGGCAUCGGCUUUGUCCACAGUCCGCUGCUCAAGAGGAAGAGGAGAACGAGCCGGGCGCUGGUCCACAUCACAGACUGGUACCCCACGCUGGUGACGCUGGCCGGGGGCAGCGUGUCUGAGGCCGACGGGCUGGACGGCUACGAUGUGUGGCCAGCCAUCAGCGAGGGGCAGGCUUCUCCCCGCAUGGAGAUCCUGCACAACAUUGACCCUCUCUACAACCACGCCAAGCACGGCUCCCUCGAGGGUGGCUUUGGCAUUUGGAAUACGGCAGUGCAGGCUUCUAUUCGAGUUGGUGAAUGGAAGCUGCUGACCGGGGACCCUGGCUACAGUGACUGGAUCCCCCCACAGACUCUGGCCAACUUCCCCGGCAGCUGGUGGAACCUGGAGCGGUUGGCAGAUGGCACCCGCCAGUCCGUGUGGCUUUUUAACAUCAGUGCUGAUCCCUAUGAACGCGAGGACCUAGCGGCCCAAAGGCCCGAUAUAGUCCGUUCCUUGUUGGCUCGGCUGGCAUAUUACAAUCGGACAGCCAUCCCGGUGCGCUACCCCGCUGAGAAUCCUCGAGCCCACCCUGACUUCAAUGGGGGUGCCUGGGGUCCGUGGGUUAGUGAGGAGGAAGAGGAAGAGGAAGAGGAAGAGACUGGGGAAGGGAGGGGCCGGGCUUCUCAUCGGGGCAGAAAAAAGUGCAAAAUUUGUAAACUUCGCUCCUUCUUUCGCAAGCUCAACACCAGGCUGAUGUCCAAUCGCAUCUGACAGGGGGUAGAUUGGGGGUGGGGGUCUGCAAUUUCAGGUCUUCCACCAGGGCUCCUAUUCAUGACUGGGAAACCCUUAAAGAGACUACUGGUAUCUAAGCAAAAGAAAAAUGGGGGCUAGCUCAGCUGGCUGGGGUAAGGGAGUGCCUUGGGCAUAGUCUAUGAAAUGGGAAUAUCCCUCAGGGCUGGGAUGUCAGACACAACCUGACUGGUGGUGAUACUUGCUGAUUUGUUCAGUUCCAUAGUUGCCAUGCUCCUGGAACUUAGCAGAGAUGAAGGGAUAGGAAUGUGGGUUCAGGACCUGACCUUAGAACUAUUUCUAUCCCUGAACCAUCUGAGGCUACACUUGGAGGGAAGAAUGGAGUUUCUCUUCCAGGAUCAUCUUGUCUUCACCCAAAUAAAGGUUUUUCCCCCAGCUUUAGCCGAUGAGAGCAAGGUUGGGGCCAAGAGAGGGUGUGAAGGGCUAAAGUAUAGGCAAAGUAGUCAUGAGAGGGUGGGUGAGCACCCCUUGGGCCUGCUACUGAAGGUGGUCUAUAUGAGAAGGGAAGGUGGAUUCGGUAGCCUGGGAUGUCCCUUUCAUCUCUCUGAAUCUGAUUCUAAGAUCUGAGAGCUUCCUCCAUCUAACUAGCGUCUGACAAAUGGGGUGCUGCUGUUGGCAAAGGAAAUGAUUAUCAGUGACUCUUUGGCAUGUGCAAGCACGCAAGACAAUAAGCGUUAAGUAUCUACUGCGUACCAGGCUAAGCAAAUGAUCCUGAGCACACGCAAACAUGUAUAGAGGUGAGGUCAUUGUACAAACGGGUGUAAAUAUGGGUGGCGUCAAUGAUACACACCUACAUGUAGUCUGUCCUGUGUGUGCCCUGGGGUUGCGUGGGGGAA